ACCAAAAAGACUCUACUAUAAUCUGUGAAAAGCUUCUGUUUAAAUCCCAUAAACACAUCAAUUUCAAAUUCCUGAAGAAGAAGAAACUAAGGAUAAAGAACCCUAUCUAAAAUGAAUUUCCUUGGAUAUUUCUUAGGAAAUUUACAGAAGAUGAGGCUCUUCUUCUGCUUCUGUUUCUUCUUCAUGAUCAUUCUUAGUGCAACUGCAUAUGAUCCAUUGGAUCCCAGUGGGAACAUUACAAUCAAAUGGGAUAUCAUGUCCUGGACAGCAGAUGGCUAUGUGGCAACGGUAACAAUGAACAACUUCCAAAUGUACCGCCACAUACAAAACCCGGGUUGGACAUUAGGCUGGGCAUGGGCAAAGAAAGAAGUGAUUUGGUCAAUGGUUGGUGCGCAAACAACAGAACAAGGAGACUGUUCCAAGUUCAAGGGAAAUGUACCUCAUUGCUGUAAGAAAACCCCAACAGUCGUUGACCUCUUGCCAGGUGUCCCUUACAAUCAACAGUUCUCAAACUGUUGCAAAGGCGGUGUAGUUGGAGCUUGGGGUCAGGAUCCAUCAUCCGCUGUAUCACAGUUUCAGGUUAGUGUUGGUCUGGCUGGAACUACAAACAAGACUGUCAAGCUUCCUAAGAACUUCACAUUACUUGGUCCCGGACCUGGUUACACUUGUGGUCCUGCCAAAAUCGUGCCAUCUACCGUUUUUCUCACGACUGACAAACGGCGAAAAACACAAGCUUUGAUGACAUGGAACGUUACCUGCACAUACUCACAGUUUCUAGCCAGAAAGCAUCCAAGCUGUUGCGUCUCCUUCUCUUCUUUCUACAACGACACCAUAACUCCUUGCCCGUCUUGUGCCUGUGGUUGCGAGAACAAAAAGAGCUGCGUAAAGGCUGAUUCUAAGAUUCUAACCAAGAAAGGUCUCAACACACCGAGAAAAGACAACGCUCCUUUGCUACAAUGCACACAUCAUAUGUGCCCGGUUAGAGUUCACUGGCAUGUUAAAGUGAACUAUAAAGACUAUUGGCGCGUGAAGAUAGCCAUCACAAAUUUCAAUUACCGGAUGAAUCAUACACUAUGGACUUUAGCAAUUCAGCACCCAAACCUCAACAAUGUGACUCAAGUUUUCAGCUUUGAUUACAAAUCAGUUGCUCCUUAUGGAUCCAUAAAUGACACUGGAAUGUUCUAUGGAACGAAAUUCUACAACGAUCUUUUAAUGGAAGCUGGGCCUUCAGGGAAUGUUCAAUCAGAGGUUUUGCUACAGAAAGAUCAAAAGACUUUCACUUUCAAGCAAGGUUGGGCUUUUCCGAGAAAAGUUUACUUUAAUGGCGAUGAAUGUAUGUUACCUCCACCAGAUUCAUACCCUUUUCUGCCAAACUCUGCACGAGGAAACUUCGCUUCUCUCUCGACACUGUCACUCACGAUUCUUCUUCUUCUAUUAAUCUCAAUCUGAUCCUUCUGGGUUUCAGAAACAGUACCAGAAACA